AUGUCCAGCACAGAGGCAGCCACCGCCAUGAAGACGCUCACAGAGCUGUACAACAGUCCGGAAAAGGGAAUCAUGGAAGAGCAGAUGCUCUACGUCUCUCGACACAUGAUGCCCAAGCUGAUCGCGCCUCUGCCUCGACAGAUGGGUAUCACAAACAAUACUUCGACGCCAGUGGCAUUCUUCGACAAUGCUUGUGGUAGUGGUGUGUUGACCCAUGAGAUUCAGCGGAUACUGCCCAAGGAUGUGCUUGAGAAGAGUACGUUUUUGAGUGCAGACAACGCAGAAGGUAUGGUGAAUCUCUCAAAGAAGAGAGUCGAGCUAGAGGGAUGGGUGAACAUAGAGGUCAAGAAGUUGGACGCAACGAACACUGGCCUUCCAGAAAACAGCUUUACCCAUAUGGGACUUGGCCUGGCACUUCACAUCAUCCCGGAUCCCGAUGCAGUACUAGCUGACGCCAAGCGCAUCCUCAAGCCGGGCGGCAUCUUUGGUGCCACGACAUUUCACAAGAGCAACGUCUUCUGGCAACCUGACAUGAGAUCCGCAUUCGAGUCAUUCCCCUUUGAAGCGCCAUUCCUCAAAGAAGUAAAGAUGCAAAUGCACAACCAAGGCGACUGGACAGACCCAGAGUGGAUCGAGAAACACCUAAAGAGCGAAGGGUUUGUGGACGUUCAGGUGACGACCAACCCAGGGCGCUAUCACAUCAAGAAUGCUGAAGAGUAUGUGCUUUCGUUUGGUAUGAUGCUUGCUUGGUUGAUGAAUGCGGCCUGGAGUGAAGAGACGAGGAGGGAGCAUCCCGUGGAGGAGGCUAGGGAGUUGUUGAGAAAGCAUUUGGAGGAGAAGUAUGAAGGGAAGGGGUGGGAUGUUGAGUGGAAGGUUAUCUGCAUGACGGGAAAGGUUGAGUGA